CACUAAGCAGUAUGAAUUUAGUCGCCGUGUGUCAUAGUGGUGUUGUUGGUCCAGUAUACGCGCGUGUGUUGUCUAAUUAAGGGGAAGAGCAGUAAAGUUAGUGAUUAAGAGAAAGCAAAAAAACGUAACUUCUGCUUAGAUAUUAUUAUUGCAUAUGCAAUUUUACGCAAUACGAUAACGUUACAACAACAUGUUGCAUGAAUUCUAAGUAAAAGUGUGUUGUGAAAAAUAAACAAAAAUAUUAAAAACCAAAUUUUGUUCAAGUGAUUUUGAAAAGGCCUCAAAGAAGCUGAAAAGUCACAGAAUUAUUGGUGUUUUCUGAAAGUGAGAGAUUUAUGAAGUGCUUUGCUGUUUGGUGAAUGUCAACAUUUCGACGAAAAUAUUGCUACAACGAGUUUUUGAAAAACUUGUUCAACGUUUGAAAGGAAAAAAGGAAUGCGCAUUAUUUUUCAUUCACCGAGAAAUUUACAAGGAACAACAACGCGACACACAAACGCUUUGUAAUUUCGCAAUUUUUCUAGAAAUUGUUGAGACGCAUCUGUAUGACUUUUAAACCUAAAAGGAUCCAAUUAAGAAACUUUUGCAGCUACAAAUUUUACACGGUGGCUAAUCAUAAUUUGUGCUAGCUAGCUUAGUCUGGCAUAAAUAAUUUAAUUUAACAACAAAUUUAUACUCCUCAACGUUAAAGGGUUGUGAGCGUAUCACAGCCAAAGAAAAAAGCCUACAAAUGAAGAUGGCAUCCCAAAGAUUUUGCCUACGAUGGAAUAACCAUCAAAGCAACUUAUUAUCUGUGUUCGAUCAGUUGCUACACGCUGAGACAUUUACGGAUGUCACGCUGGCCGUCGAUGGACAAUACUUAAAAGCACACAAGAUGGUUCUAUCUGCCUGUAGUCCGUAUUUUAAUGCGCUCUUCGUACACCAUCCCGAAAAGCAUCCAAUUGUCAUUUUAAAGGAUGUACCAUACUCCGACAUGAAAUCUCUGCUCGACUUUAUGUAUCGCGGUGAAGUUUCUGUGGAUCAGGAACGUCUUACUGCUUUCUUGCGUGUCGCCGAAUCAUUACGUAUUAAAGGUUUAACCGAAGUGAAUGAUGAUAAACCAUCACCGGUUGCGCCGACGCCACCACCACCACAACUACAACGUAUUCAACCGUAUUUGGUACAACAACAGCAACAUCAACGUAGUAAAUCACAGAAUAGUCUAUUGGCUGGUUCAAACGCCGGUGGUGGUGGCAUGGCUGGUGCCCAAACAAUGGCUGGCGGCCAACAACAACAACAGUCGCUGUUGAGUUCAGCACUUGCAUCGAUGCCGAAAAGAAAACGUGGUAGGCCACGGAAAUUGUCGGGCAGCUCCAAUGGUACCGGAAAUGAUUAUGAUGAAUUUGAACGUGACGGCAUGAUGAAUGACUCUGAGAUGGGCGAUUGCAAAAUGGGCGAUUCUUAUUCGGGCAAUGAUGAUGCUUCAGAUGACAAUCAACGUGACGGCGGCGAUAUGCGCGAUCCAAGCGAGAGCCGAGACUCUGUUUCCCACAGUAAGAAAUUCAAAUCAAAAGACAACAAAUCUAAGCAAAAUGAAAAUGAUAACAGCACCUCUGAUGGCAACGAUAGCGACUGCGAUGAUCAAAUGGACACGUCUUACAUGGAACCCCAAUUAAUGCUCGACGAAUACGAUGAACCGGUCGAAUUUAAGUUUGAUCCUAAUGCCACUAGCUCACCAUCGCAACAGAAUAACGCCAUGGUUUUGGCUGCGCAAUCGCAACAACAGCAAGUGGAACGCCAAUUACUGCUCGCCCAACAAAAGAAACAACAGUUAAUGGAAGCUGCUGCCCUGAAAUUUUCGGAGGCUUCUGCCAGCGGCGUGCCAGGCACCGUAACUCUGCUUAACUCAAUGGUCAGCAUACCGAAACUGACACCCAUCGGCAAAGUGUCAAAGUUAAAAGUGAAUAAGCGCACCAAAUUGAAGCAGAAUGGCGUUAGCGGUGGCAAUAUGACUGGCACUGAUGGCAAAAAUUACCCCAGCGAUUAUGUGGAUAUGUUCAAUGUCAAUUACAUUGGCGCCAAUUCGAAUGCACCUCAAACACCCAGCCAAUCGAAUAAAUUGAAGGGCGCUUUGAGCGGCAACUCUACCACAUCCGCCAACGUUUCCUCACCUUCGGCUAAAACCAAACUGAAUACAUCGGGUGGUGCGCUGCCAGCAGGCGAAACGGAAGGCUCCGUCCGCGAUUACUGCACCAAAGAGGGCGAGCAUACAUAUCGUUGUAAGGUAUGCUCUCGCGUCUACACACACAUUAGCAACUUCUGUCGCCACUAUGUGACAUCACAUAAACGCAACGUGAAAGUGUAUCCCUGCCCCUUCUGCUACAAGGAAUUCACACGCAAGGAUAAUAUGACGGCGCACGUGAAGAUCAUACAUAAAAUCGAGAAUCCCUCAACAGCGUUGGCCAACGCUUCGGCAGUAGUGGCAGCAGCAGCCGCCGUGGGCAUAACUCCUUCAUCAGCACCACAAUCGGCAGCUGCGUCGACAGCGUCUACACCCACGCCACCCGAUUUGUCUACGCAAUGUUCAAAUCAAUCGGCAACAGGCGUGUCCACAGCGAUCGCAUCGGCAGCAUCGUCAACCUCAUCUUCGUCGACAUCGUCGACAACAUCGUUAGCGUUAGGUGCUGGACGUCUGCCUGAGGCGGCGACUGCGCAAUAAACACGCCUAAAGCUUGUUAGAGACUAUUAAAUAUAAAAUAAAAAAAAAAACAACCGGACUAGCAAUAACAAAGGGUGUUGGGGUACUCUUACAUACAAAUAAAUUUGUAUAAAUCCAUUUGUUCAAUGCGGACUGUAUACGUUGCUGGAAAAAUUAAAGCAAUGAUUGUGACUAGGCUAAAACACCGACAUCUUUAUACAAAGGUCGGCUUUACAAACCGCAAAGUUGGAAUUGUAAAUGCUAUGGACACAAGUAGUACGUAAAUGCAAUACAAAAUAUUUGAGGUAUGUCAAGGACAAAUUGGGCUAAUAAAUAGGCUUCCAAAAUGCGUGAAAUAUUUUCUAUGGUCAAAGCAAAUCAUAAGAUUUUGCGCAUUUUUUUAUUCGUUGAUUUCCAAACUGCUUAAAAUGCAGUUGACAACGUUCUAAACGUUGACAAAAUGUAAUAUUUUGUUGUUUGUAAUUAUAUUUUCUUUAGCUGUAAUUUUAACUGCAAUGGCAAUUUAUUUUUUGUUUUAUUAAUUUAGUUACAAUUAUUUGUUUCUAAUUGACUUUUUUUUAAUUUUUGAGCGUAACCCAAAAAUUUCAAACAUACACACUUACAUGAAUUUAAAAGAAGAACUUUAGUUUAAUGCUAGUUGAAGUGAACAAAAGCACCGAAAGAGUUUAAAGUUUUUAUGCACAAUUAGAGAAGGCUUUUGAGCCACCGUAAAAUUAUGCUUGCUUGGGAAAUUCAUCUUAAAGAUACCAAAACGCAGCACUUGUAAGAUUUUCAUUUAAAGAGAAAUAUUUAAAUUAUUAUUUUGUAUGUUUGGCUUACAAUUAUUUUUCACAAAAUUGCUCUCCAAAACUUCACAGAUUCUGUUUUUUAUCGAACUUUUGACCGUUAUCUGCAUUUGAUUUUUCCAACGGCCAAAUAAAAUUUUGGAUAUUUAAGCCAUUCGCUCUUUGUAUGAUUCUUUGCUAAACAUAAGUUGUGCAAUUUAUUAUUAUUAAUAUAUUUUUCUUUAUUAUUUAUUUAAAUGGUUUAUUGUAAUUUUAGUUUAUUUAAAAUAAAAUAUUUCACAAUAAUACAAUUGUUUGGUGGCAUUCAAAUGCAAGUGGCCUUUUUUUAGUUUAGUAAUAUACAUAAUUGCAUAUAUAUGUAUAUACAUAUAUAUACAUAUAUAAAUCGGACCGCAUGUUAGCGACUACAUGUCACUCGACGCUAACCAACUAAUAGCACCGAUAGACACAUACACAUAAGCCUAAUAAAUAAAUUCACAUUUUACACACUUAGUUAAUUUUACGUGUUGUUAACGCUAAAAUAUUUACAAUGAAUAUUAAAUGUAAAAAUAAAUUAAUAUUAAAUAUUAUAUGAAUAAAAAAAAACAAAAAAAAAACUACCUUGUUGCCUUCAAAUGAAGCUAGUUUAAUACUAUAUUUAAUAAAUUUACCUUUUGAGGUAAAAAACUAAUUUAAAAUAAAAUACAUUAAAAUGUAGCAUUAAUGCGAAUUCUGUAAGGGGAUUCACGCAAUUUU